CAAAGGUGAGCAUGACGAGACAGAGGCAGUUCAUGUGGUUAUGUUUUUGUUCUGUGCUGUGGGGAGGGGGGGAACCUGAUCCGUUGCAUCAGGAUGUAGCCCUCAUCAAAAAAAGCAAAUGCACGGGAAAUUAUUAGGAAGACCGGGAUAUCGAGACACUGCAGAAAGGACGACUGCUCAGCAGCGGCACAGAGACAGAGUGGGAUCGCAGUCCAAGGCAGGAGUUGGAACCCAGUAGCCCUGAAAUUAAGGGCAGGGUGCCUGAUUGGCCCAGGACCAGAUACAGUGAAGAGCCACUCAGUCAAUUGGAAUCUGUCAGCAUGGCAGAUGUAGGCUCUGAGUCUCUUACACAAGGACUCAGCCCACCAGAACCUGAGCCCCAAAGACCUACUACGCCUAUAUCUGAGGCAGCAGGGUCAAAAUCCAUGACUCCCAAUGUCAGAGGUGACCCUGACCUGGAUCCCACGAGCCCUGUGGAUCUUUCCAAGACACAGUCUCUCCAUGCUGGCGGCUUCGGGCUUGGUUCUGACCUCCUCUUAGGGACCGUCCGAGUCAAAGCAGAACCUGCUGAACCCAACCAUGUCGGGCCGGACCAGCGGGCAGGAGCGCUGCCUCCCCCGAGCCGAGAAGGGAAUUUGAUCAAAACUCGCCCUCCACCCGGCCCGGAGCCCGAGCGCGUUAAUCCAGAGGCCGGUGGGCGGGAGAGCGCUCCCAUCGUCGAGGUGGGAACGGCGUGGUUCCAGGAGAGGCUCCUCAAGCUCGGGCUCGAGAAUGUGAUGGAGGGACUGUGCAAGCUGGGGCCCGGGCUGCCCCGCCGAAAUCCGGCUGGAGGGGGCGAGAGCAGCUCGACAAAGGUUACGCAGCAGACGUCUGGAUCUCCGGUCACUCCUGCCCCCUCCUCGGCGCGCCCGAGCCCUGCCCCCGCGGAGUCCGCCGGAAACGCUCGGGGGUCCUCUCGCUGCGCGCGGCGCGGGAAGACCGCCCGGAAAUCGCAGAGCCUCAGGGGGCACCUUACAAGCAAGGCUCAAGGGGAGAGACCGUCCCGCCGCAGACAGAGCGGGGAGAGCUCCGCGGAGCCCGAAAGCUUUCAGAAGCAUCAGCGGGAGCACGCGGAAGAGGUCCUCUACUGCUGCGCCCAGUGCGGAAAGUGCUUCGCCCGAGCGGGGGACCUGCAGUCGCACCAGGAGGCUCACGCGCCGGAGGGGGAGCCGAACGGCUGCGCUGAGGGUCGCCGCCCUCCGCCGAGCCCUCAAGACCCUCCCCCGCGUCUCUCGGGAGCGGGUCCCUGCUGCUGCCCCCAGUGCGGGAAGAGCUUCAGCCACCCGGGCCACCUCGAAGAGCACCGGCGCACCCACGCCAUCGAGAGGCCGUACUGCUGCGGGCAGUGCGGGAAGACCUUCAGUCACACCCAGAACCUCAAGAGGCACCAGCGGAUCCACACGGGCGAGAGGCCCUACCGCUGCCCGCAGUGCGGCAAGAGCUUCAGCGACACGGGCAACCUGCGCAAGCACCAGCGCAUCCACACGGCGGAGCGGCCGUACGGCUGCGCCCACUGCGGGAAGAGCUUCAGCCAGUCGGAGGUCCUGAAGAAGCACCUGCGCGUCCACACGGGGGAGAAGCCGUACUGCUGCGCGCAGUGCGGGAAGAGCUUCAGCGACACGGGCAACCUCCGGAAGCACCAGCGGACCCACACGGAGGAGAGGCCCUACAGCUGCGAGCAGUGCGGCCGGCGCUUCGGCCAGUCGAGCGACCUGAAGACGCACCGGCGCAUCCACACGGGCGAGAGGCCGUACUCCUGCGGCCAGUGCGGGAAGAGCUUCAACCGGUCGGGGCACCUGAAGAAGCACCUGCGCAUCCACACGGGCGAGAGGCCCUACUGCUGCGCCCUGUGCGGGAAGAGCUUCAGUCAGUCCGGCGUCCUGAAAAGACAUCAGCAGAUCCACGCGGGCGAGAGGCCGAGCAGUAGUUUGUAGCCCGUCAGCGUGUGCCUUCGCGAGGGGACAUGAGAGACUGCUUGACGUGUGUCCGUGGCGAUGAACCCUUUGCGAUCAAGAACACAAACUUGCGCCGUGAAGACCGCUCAGACAGUGACGUUUGGACUGGACCUGGGCACUGAUUUUCAUGGCAUACCUCCUCUUUUUCUGUGGGUAUAUGGGAUUGUUUUUUCAGAUUGUCUACCAUGUACAGAUCCCUGUUACAGCAAAAGAACAAUAAAAUGUCUCUGCUCUGUU